GAACACCGUGAAAACUCGAGGGGCGUAUCAUCACGCGAGCUGUUUUAACGCGAGCACGAUAAGUCGAAUCUCGCGCGACGACGUAAAAAGUAACGCCAAUUAUACCCGUUUGAAACACACUGAUUCUACUUUUCCACGACUGAAACACGGUUCGAUAUAAUUUCUUCUUAUUUUCGAGCCGCGCCGUAUUGUUAAAUCUUUAACAUGCCAUUUCUUAUUCCAUCGUGCGUUAAGAACGGUGUUGCUUAAGCAACGUAGUACACGAAGAGGAUUCAUCGUCAGCAUCUUAUUAGGGUUCGUUUGGAUUGAUUCGCAACUUGCAGCAAACGUAAGAAGUCGAAGAAGUUUAAAACACUGGUGAACGCUGAGAAGGUACUAAGGAUGUUUCUUCUUCUGUGCUUGCCAUUGGUGUUAGCGGCGCCACUGAAUCCAACGCUAGAGGGGUACAACUUGGAACUGGUGGAUGGAAUCUUGAAAGACGUACAAUUCCAUGACAAACUCAUCGACGAGCUGGAUUUAUCCGGCUUAGGAAUUCUUCGCUUAGAAAAGAACGCUUUCGACAACGUACCAUCUCUAAAAUCCUUGAACUUGGCCAAUAACUCGCUCGAAUCGCUCCCAGAAUUCAUGUUCUCCAAUCUGACAAACUUAGAAUACUUAUCCUUAGCGCAGAACAACUUAACCAGCCUCGAAAACUUGUUCAUCCGCUUGGAGAAGCUUCAGGUGUUGAACAUUUCCUGCAACCCCAUAAUACAUCUUCGUAGAGGACAUUUGUUCGGUCUAACGAAAUCCACCAGCAUAUUAACAGAAGGAAACGUUCUUUGGAGCAUAAGCACGGGAACAUUCACGAAUUCAUUCCUGAAAGACGACGAGGAGUUGAAAUAUUUGGAGAAGGUGAAGGCUGAAGAAUAUAUCGAACAACCCAACGAUGGAAUAGAUAAAGAGAUAGAAAAGGCGACAGAGAGUAACGUGUUGAAGGAUUUCGCGCCAUACACGAAAUCGUCGAUAAAGAAAGGCCAGAAGUUAAAAUUGUGCAUAUCAAAUAACAUACUGCUAUCUAUAGAACCACUCGAAGACAAUAAACAGGUGGCGAAUGGAUGUCUGGAGAUACCAGUGAACGAGAAGGAGAGAUCUGUCAGCCUGCGAGGAUUAGGAAUCAAAGGAUUCCACGAAAAAUGGUACCAAUUACAAUAUCUUCCGUUAGUUUCUUUGGACCUUGCGAACAACGAGAUCACAGAAAUCACCAAGGAACUACUGAACGAUCUUCCCGAGGAUCUGAUUUAUGUGAAUCUGAUGGGCAAUAGGAUCAGAGGUAUCUGGAGCCAGGUGAUCGAAAACAAGUACCUAAAAAUACUGAAUCUUCGAAACAAUCUCAUAGACAAAGUGGAGGAUGAUGCUUUCGCGAAAACCAAUUUGACUACCCUGUUUCUUAAUGGAAAUCAGCUGGAGAACCUUUCGUUCGCUUCUAGUUUGCCCGAUACUCUGACAGAGCUGAUAUUAGCGGCAAAUCAGAUCUCUGCCAUUCCUGACGCGGCUUUCUCGAAUCUGCCUCGCCUGGUCUACCUGAACCUGGCUAACAACAAGAUUCAGAAACUGCAGAACAACGUAUUUAAGGGGUUGGAUUCGUUGCAGGUGUUGAUUAUUACUAAAAACAGCCUGACAGAUAUCGAACGUCAGGCGUUCUCCGAUUUGAAACAGUUGACUACUCUUUAUCUUCAUCGAAAUAGUCUGACAGAGCUUCAAAAGGGUACGUUCUCGGAAUUGGAGAGUCUGAAAGACUUGAACCUGGCUUGGAAUAAACUGGGUAAGAUCAGUGCCGACACUUUUUCGGAUCUACCUCAGACUUUGGACUUCCUUCACAUCGAUUUCAACGAAAUAAACAGCCUAGAAAAGGCUAGCUUCGUCAAUGUUCCCAGAUUUACGUUGUCUCUCACUGGAAAUAAAAUCUCGACUAUCCCAAAAGGAACCUUCGAUCUACCUACUCUUAGAGAUUUGCAUCUGAGUAACAAUACGUUGACGACUAUCGAUGGCGACAGUUACGAAGGUCUGCCUCAAUUGAAACGCCUUUGGUUAAAUGAGAAUCAAAUCAACGAAAUACCGAAAGGUUCCUGCAAGAAUUUAGGAAGUUUGAGUAUUCUGGAUAUUUCGAAGAAUCCGCUGCAAACGCUACAAAACGGUGCUCUUUAUGGGCUGAGUCUGGUUAGAGGGAACUUCUUGUAUAUCUACAAUAACCAACUGAAGGAACUGCAGGGUGGAGUUUUCGAAGAUAUUUAAGCGGACAGAUACAACGACUCGUGCACUCACUUACGUUCGUUUUUAUCAUUUAUAUAGAUUUAACAUAUACGGAGAUAUUAGGUUUGGGAUAUUAUUUUUAUUCGUUCAGACGAAAGAAUUCUUUGCUUCGAAUCGUUUCUUAUUUUCUGAUAGUCGGUAGUUUUGAGUAUUUCUAUCGAGUUUCUGAUAUCUAUGUUAUCGAUGGUUCACAAAUCGAAAAUAGCUUUGUGUAUUUGUAACUAUCGAAAUGUGAUAUGAAUGUUUCCUUAGAAAACCUUCCUUAGAAUCCUUAGAACAGGAAAGUUUGUAAAAGAAAUAAACGAAUAGAAGAAUA